AUGGCUAGCAAAUUGCGUCAGCAUUCGCUUUCAAAUGUGAGAAAACUUCAAGAACUGGUGCAUGAUUCUAAUGUUCAGCUGGCACAGUUUCGGAAUCUGGUGCAAUGUAUUGGUACAGGACAAGAUGGCCAACAGCUUAGAAAAGAUGUUGAUUCAUUAGGACGAGCUUGCAUUCGAUCGUGUGAAGCAGCUAAAAGUUGUAUUAUGCCCCAACUUCGUCAUGAAAGCGUGGAAUUUACACGGCAUGCAUCACAAUUUAUUGGCUGUGUAAACGCUUGUGUGAUCGAAAUGCGACGUUGCGCAGCAUUAGAGCGAACGUUUCCGAACGGUGAACCCUGCAUUACGCAACAACAAAUUGAGCUUAUGGAGGAAAUGCUGGAAACAUUAGAAAAUUUAAUCACUGUUCAUUAUUCUACUAGCGAAUCAUCUCCUGCUGAACGUGUGACUCCGAGGCGAAGACGUCCUACUAGUUGUCGACCCGCAUGUGUGUGUUCAAAAUUGAAGACUAGCUAUGCAUAG